CUCUUUAGUAAACAAGGCCACUUUAGAGCCUCCGUGCUUCAGAUACCCAGACGUUCUUCUUUUGGUUAGACAGAAAGAACCUCAGCGCUGGUCCUAAAGUGUUAGUGCCUUGGAAAGCGUUUUUUUUCGAAAGGUGAUGUGUACAGAUCACUUUGUGGAAACUAAUUCGUUCAUCAGACGGAAAUUUCUUAUAGAAAAAAAGCAAAUAAAAAGAGCUUCAUAAAAAGACGCAUUUCGCAGAUUUAAAAAUAGUACUGAACUUACACGACCAAUGGUGUUUUAAACUAGAAACAAGUGUUCAGAGGACCUCCGUAUUCAGAGGUCUUCAGAGUGCCAUCAACAGCGACUGAGAACAUUAGGCUUCACAACACCACGACAGAAGUGCAAUUGGAAGGAAAAAACAAAGAAAAUGGUUACCAUAGUCUGCACUGCAUCUGUCUUCUUUAUCCUCACCAUCAACACAGUCAUUACAGCUCAAGAAGAAGGUGCAGUGAUAACAACACACUCAGGAUCAGUGGUGAACAUCACCAUCCCGCAGGAUGUAGUAGGCACAUCCAGCAUCUACUUCUGGACUCACCAUCCUAACACCAAUGUCAGUCUACGGUUCACCAGCACCAUGCACUACCAGGCUAAUUUCACCAUCAUUCAGCCCGAUGUGUGGCACAUUGGCUACGUUUCUCAACCGGUGAGGACCACGGGAGAGGCUGUGCGGUGUGGUGUAGUAACGGCAAAGACUGCAGUCAGCAUCAGUAUUCCUCACGGACUGAUCUAUACCAAUUUAGACUACACGAGAGUGAGACAAGUGGCAGUCACCAGCGAGAACCUCGUCUACUGGGCCUUCUGCAAGAACCAGCACAUGUGUGCCCUGGUCAGCCCUGACAGCAGAGUCUCCAGCAGCAGAUCAGUAGACCGCAACAACGCCAACAACAAUAUGACCAAGAUCACCAUGGACAUCACUGCCACCACUUCCAGCAGACCUCAGUACCUGCUGGUGAGUCUGCUGGUACUCUGCCUCCUCUUCAUAGCCACUUUAGUCGUCCUCAGCAUCUUUUUCUGCUGCAGGAGGAGAAGCAAGCUCUUCCACGUCUAUGAAAAGCCUCUUCACCCGCCUCUGCCGCCGCCAAUGCUCCCUCGUUUCGUUAUACAAUCCAAGAACACCCACAACUCUGAGGACAGGGAUGACGGAGCCCCCUACGAUAUUCCUUACGAUGAGCUACAAGACCAACUGAGCAACCAUCGCCGGCAGCACCAACACGACCGACGUCUCCAGCGGUCACACCAGCGCCAACACCAAAAGAACCGCCAACUCCAUCGUCAGAAGGGACGUCAUCAUUACGACAAAACCCAGCUGGUUGACGGAAGUGGCCGUCACCUUUAUCAGUAUGAUAAUAACCAGCUGAUCGACAGUAGCAACGGUUAUCUUUAUGAACGUAAUAACAACCAGAAGAUCGCUGUAAACGAUUGGCAUAUCUCUGAACACACCACCCAACUGGUCGACACAAGUAACCAUCAACUCAACAACACUCAGCUGGUCGACACAAGCAAUCAACACACCACCACCCAGCUGGUUGACACAGGCAACCGUCAAGACACCAACACUCAGCUGGUCGACACAAGCAAUCAACACGACACCCAGCUGGUCGACACGAGCAACCGUCAACAUGACGACACCCAGCUGGUCGACACAGGCGAUCAUGAAAGCCUCAAUAGCAUCUACGGCAUCAUUAUAAGAUAAAUAUAAUUAUAUGAAUUCAUUUCACAUCCUGUCACAGGAAACCCGAUCAGCAUUGUCAAUAAAUUUUACCAGCUACCAGCACUCCCUCAUGACACCAGUGAUCACUUUAUUAGGGACAGUACAAGAGGCAGAAUCAAGGGCUACAGGAACUUCCAUAGCAAGAUCAGCCGACUAUGCAACCAAGAUUAUAGGAGAGACCAGAACCAAGACAAGAAGAAGAAGAAAUUGGGGGAAGAACAGAAGCCUUCUUACCCACUGGGGAGGAAGAGGGAGAGGAACCAGAUUUACAUUUACAAGAGAUACAGGCAUGCCUGGGGCAAGGUAUUGUGCAAGAACCUCCACAGUCUCGGUUGAAGAGGGAGAACAAGAGUGGACAACACAAAGACGAUCAAGAGGAUGAUGGACAUUGGCCUGGACAGAUAGCUGUGGAGGAGGGCAAAAACAGAGGGGCACAUUGUGGUCGAAAAGUGAAGUAAGGCACAGAGUAGAGAGGAGGAGAAGUAGAGAUGUGGUACUAACCUGGCGGGUAGAAGAGUGGGAAGUUUGGAAAUGAUGGUUGGAGAUCCAUCUCUGUGAACUUGUGGCCUGGAGAAGAGUGAAGAGGGGGAGCUGGUAGAGGUGUGGGAGUUAAAAGUAUGGGAAUGAUUGUGGGAAAAGAAGGUAGUAGUGAAAAAGAAGGUAAGAGUAGUGCGACACAAUACAAACUUAAGUAAUGUUAGAGAAAGUCAAGACACCAGACUUGGUGCCAAAUAUAUGAUCUCAAUGCUUCAAGGCAAGGAUGGCCAGUUCAAACUUUAAAUGCACGCAUGUGGGAAAAAGGCAUGAUGGGCCUCACAGCAGGUAAUGCAGUGAGCCUGGGAUGAAGAGCAACAAGUACGAGAAUGUCCAGGGUCACCACAUAAGGGGCAAAGGAAGAACCGCUGCUGCUGCACCUGGAAGAACCAUUACCAAAUUUUCACCAUCUAUUGUAAAGGCGUCGAGAGGGGAUGUACUCCUUAAUGAAGCAUCUGGCACUGACAAGAAUGACUAAAGAUGGUAGGGUCCCACCACCAAAAGUGAUCUGAACUUGAAGGGAUUGAUGACAAUGACCACAAGGGGGAGGAGUGAAGGUGUCAAUCUGGAUAGAAAAGCCCUCAGCCUCAAGGAUAUAAUUGAUGUCCUCAUGGCAGUCUUUGUGGUCUAUCUCCAGUUGCAACAAGAUGCAGAAGAAUGACAGUGCCAUUGCUUGCAUUCAACAGGGUAUUUUUGGACAUCCCAAACCUGGCUCUCACCAAUACAGGACAAAGUAGCUUGGCAGGUAGCUCCUUUCUGGGAAGGGGCCAUAACUACACGAAUACCAGUCCGGGUAGGGAUAAAAGUAACUUUGAAAUCCACAGAGUCAAUCAAGUGCUUAUGAAUGUGCACAUCAGCAGGACGAGUAUGUUCAUCAUGACAAAGAUCAAAAUUAUCAGGCCGCAUAGCAGGGCUAAACAAAUCCUGGAACAUUAAUCAUCACCAGAGGCUUGGAGCUCAACCCUGCCAAAGAAACAGGUGGAGAACAGAGAGGGUCAGUUGGGAUGGUCCGAGAUUAAGCCUGGUCUGGGCCUACCAAACCCGGAGCCAUGGAGGCCAAUAUUCCAACAUGGUCUGACUCUGGAGUCUGGUUGCCCACCUGACCAGGCUGGGAAAAGGAGAGGGUCGGAAGAAUACAUAAUCUGAGAAAGUCUUCACUGUCCGGCACAUGCACCCACCACGGAGUCCAUAUUGGAGGCAAUAGCACAUGGGCAAUCAACUUCAGGGUAACCAAAAUAGUAAAAUUAAUAAUAGAAACUACAAUAACAAUUACUUUCAAAAUAUUUUAUUAUUUUUUAACACUGCAAGUAAAAUAGUACAAUUCAAUACUUGUAGUCUCAUAACGAAAUAUGUAAAUACAGAAAGGAGACGACAAGUCACGUGAAAAUGAGCAAAAAAGCAGAUGAAAAGUGGGAAAACAAAACCACCAGAGACAAUGAGACACAAGGGCCACACUAUCAGUCUUUCAUCCUGCGACCACGUCUCACACAAGACACAAGGGCCACACCAUCAGUCUUUCAUCCUGCAACCACCUCUCACAUAAGACACAAGGGCCACACCGUCAGUCUCAUACUGCAACCACCUCUCACACAAGACCAGGGCCACACUAUCAGUCUCAUCUUGUGAAAGGGCAAUUGUCUACUCAAAAGUCUAUGCCACAGUUGAAGUGAUCUCUAAAUAAAGUAAUAGAAACCUUUCUGAAGAUAGCAAUCAUAGAUACAUGUUACCAACACUAUUAUUAUUGAAUUAUCAGCAAAGUAAUAGUAAAAAUAUGCAUCUUAUAAUCUUCAUAAUUCAAAAAUUGCUGAAUUGUUACAAUAUUAACAUUAACAUUAUUAUAAUAACUUUAUAUUCACUAAAAGCAAUGUUUUUCUCAUCUGGUAUAAAUGCUCUUACAUAAAUGAAGACACUGAAAAACAUAGCAACUUGGAAUUUGAACAUGUGUUGUACACAUGCUUGUAUGCAGCAUCAAACUUUGGAACCAAAUAUUAUGUUGUCACAAGAGAUUCUCUGGAUUAAUGCCAUGCUCUCACUGAACCCUCCCAGAUGUACAAACCUGGAAAUCACAGCGACCCAUUCCAAAUACGUCCAGAGGCAUAACACUGGAAAACUGGAAAUUACCUAUUCCAUCAACUGCAGAAUUUACAAUAAACCAAGAGAAUGCCAUACACCACUUAUUCUGCUAAUUGCUGUCAUUUUAAAAAUAUGAACCUCUGAAUUGGGUAUAGCUUACCCUUGGCAAUGUUCAUAAAUAUUAUAUAAAUCAACAGUACAAUUUCAUACAAAAUUAAUUCCUCGGGCAGGGGGGGGGGCCAAACAGCAUUACUUCUUCCAUAAACGUCACCACUGUGAAGCCGGUGAUCUCCAAAGCUAAGGUUCCAUAAGUGUAUCUAAGGCAAGGCAUACUGACAAAACAACUGUAAGAAAUAUUAAUAUUUCUCGCCCCAUUACUCCUGAGAAACUCAUACUCCUGGACCGGAAGACAAGUUAGAAAUGGAAUCUGUUCUCCCCUCUUCACUCCCAUGAAAUAAUAUUUAUGGCCAUAAUGGUGUAAGAAAUAUAGGAUAAUAUUUAUCAGAUCUGUAUUUUAAUUCUAUUUCCUUGUUGCUUGCUUAACCCAUAAUGAGCAGUUUACUUCAAGUUAACAUAUGUAUGAACACUGGCCAUGCUACAAUACUAUCAUAACAAAUCUAACAGUGGAAGUGAAGAGGUAAAUAAUAUACUAACUAAAAAACACCUUUGUACACUGUAUCUAUUAAUAAAUUUUCUCUUAAUGAAA